CAGAGAGAGUUGGAGAGGCAGAAAGAGAUGGAAAGACAAAGAGAUUUGGAGAGACAGAGAGAAUUGGAGAUGGAGAGGCAGAAAGAGAUAGAAAGACAAAGAGAGUUGGAGAGGCAGAAAGAGAUGGAACGACAGAAGCAAUUAGAAAGGGAACGUCAAAUCGAACUCGAGAGGAAGGCUGCUGAGAGAAAGCUCGAGCAACAGAAAGAAAUGGAGAGACAGAGGAGAGAUUUCUAGAGGAGGAGAGGAUAAAGAUGAGGGAGUAUAAGAAACAGCAGGAGAUUGAGCUAGAAAGAAAAAGACAGUUAGAGUUGGACCAUGAAAUUGAACUAAAAAAACAAAGGGAGCUCGAAAGACAGAAAGAAGUUGAGAGGCAAAAAGAACAGGAACGACAGAAAGACAAUGAGAGACAGAAACAACUUGAGGAGAUUGAGAGAUGGGCGGCACAGUCAGAUAGACUGAAAGCACAGGAAAGGGAGAAACAGAAAGUGCGGGAGGAUCUUAAGAAGAUCGAGGAGCUUGAAAGAAUAAAGCUCAUUGAUUUUGAACUUCAAAAAGAGAAGGAGAAGAAGAAACGGACCACCAAGAAGCAGCCAGAACAAGUAGGGGAAGGGCAGAGAGAGACAGAACAGGGAACAAGCACUGCAGAAUCUCCUCUGCGGCCCAAAGUGCUGGAUCUAGAUAAUGUUUGUCUGGGGGAUCGGUCUGGUCCAAGCUUGAGCAGCGAUCAGAGCCCAACACCCCGAUGGAAGCAGCCUUCAUCUGCUCUUGAUGAAGUUUACAAACCAUCAAUUUUGGAUGUUGACUCUUUCAGGAACCAAACACAACCUGGGGUUUCUGUGGAUCCCUUCGGAAUGACCACAUUUGCCAGUUUGGAUUUGGAUAGAAACAAACCAAUGACUCCAAUCAGCGGAGCCAAAAUGGUGUCUCCAAUUCAUCCUCAAUCCCUGUUGCAGAACCUUCAAAGGGAUACCACCCCUCCUCAGGCUCAGAUGCAGGCUCCUUUUCAAUUUCCCCGCACAGAAGAAGCAAGACUUCCACCGCCACUUCAGCCCCAGGUUUUGAACCAAUCAGGACUUCCCACAGAAAGACCUAAACCACAAAUCCAAUCACAUUCUGUCACGCCAGACUGGUCCCAUGGGGAACACCAAUUUGACCUGUGGGGUAGUUCACAGGGGGAGGUAGCUGUAGAUGAACCUUCAUGGCUGUCUUCCACAGAAAGUUCCAAAAGGCCUAACAGUGCUAGACAGUCCAGUCUGGAGCAAAUACUGCAAAGACAUGAAGAACGUUACGCAGGAACCAUUUUAAACCCGAAUUUGGCUCCUGUUCAGUCUCCUGGCAUCACAGCUCCAUUGGUACCUGUCCAGAUGCCUACACUCAGACUUCCAACUUCCCCAGGUCAUGUUCUGAGCCCCGAGAAAAUUUUCAACACGGAUGAUCUUUUUGCUGGUAGUAGGAGGGACAACCAGACUGCCUUGUCUUCUUUGAUACCUGAAUCAGUCUGGAGCUGGUCGCCGGCUUCCCAGGAGCCGAGUCAGACGCAGCCGAGCAGCACCGGGUCUCAGGAGCAGUCACGACUGCGAUCGAGAAGUGUUCACCAGAGACCUGCUCCUGCAGAGACUUCUGUAGACGGACCUCUCGCUCGAAUCAGGAGCCGGAGUGCACAGAGGGACAAACGACAAGAAAGCAAGGAGCAGGUGAAGCAGGGUGUAAGUGGACAGGGUGAGUGUAAGGACACUGAUACACUGGUACAGGAGACAGACAGUCAGUACGGGACAUGGGACACAGCACUGCCCACUGAUGACAGUCUGACCCCGGUGACUCCAUCAACAGACAGCAACAUCAUUCCGUCUCCACGGAAACCGUCUCUGCCUCACACCCCGAAUCACCUGAGCACCGAGGAGCAGCUUGGUCCUCUCAACUUCCCUCAGUCUCCCACUACCCUGCUGGACUCCAGUGCUCAGCGUUCCAAAGUCCUACUGAGUAAAAGCUGUCGCAGACGCAGAGCUCCGCCCUCUCGAGCCGCCCGUCACAGUUCCGUCUUUUCAGAUGGAGUGGAGAUUGAGACUGAGGAAUGGAGAUUCAAAGACUCAACAGAGGACAAACCCGACUCUGCUAAGUUCCAGGAUGAUGAAUCAGAUGAGGAGGAACCUCCCCGAGCAGGAGACACUCGCACCUCGUCCUCACAGCCUCAGAGAGUGUCUCUGUUCCCCGGCAUGGAUCCGUCUGCUCUCAUGGCCCAGCUGAAGAAGAGAGGAGAGACAGACAGUCAGACAGACGGCCCGUCUCCAUCACAGCUCUCUCGCUCCCCUAAAUCCCCCUUUCUAGGCCGAGCAUCACGUGUGCUGCCCCCUGUAGGGGGAAAAGAGAAUGGUGAAGAAUCGUCUCCUCAGUGGCUGAAAGAACUUAAAACAAAGAAACGUUUAAGUCACAUCGAGAAUGACUGCUAGAACGCAACAAGCAAGAUGCCUUAUACCCCGAGUAAGUGUAGCUCAACUGCGAUGACACAAGCCUUAACCUUUGACCCCGGCAUGGAUGGGAAUCACAUUGCUGCUGAUGACAUCACCGUCCACUCUCACGUUUAAGCGGUGGUUUGCUUUCACUGUGCUCCGCCCAUUGGCCGAGGGGUCACACGUGCAUGGUGCCUUUUUAGGAGAUCUACGACUGACGAGAAGAUCUCUGUGUGUAUGUGUGUGUGUGUGUGUGUAUGUGUGUGUGUGUUUCCUGUAAGAUUCCUUUUGCAUAGAGCCACUUUAUUGAAAACCAACAACUUCCUGGUUUGUGAUGUCAUCAGGAAGAACUCAGUUCACGGGACCACGGCGUUGUGACGCUUUUUUUACUGCAACCAUCAUUUUAUUUAGUUUGUCCAUUUCUUGCUGUUUGUUUUGUUAAUUCCUUGUCUAUCGGUGGGUUUUGGUGACACACACACACACACACACACACACAGUGCACAAACUCUCAGACAGUAUAGAAGAAAGUAUUUAGGAGUUUUUAGGGGAAGAGUGUGAUGUUGUAGAUGAGUGUGUUUCAGCAGGUUAUUACACACAGCGAUAAUAGAAAUAUUUGUUCAUUUGACAGUUGUUUUUGUUUUUCCGUCUCGGUGGUGGUGUCCAGAAGAAUUUUAAUUAUGAACUGAAAAAUGUGGAGCGCCCCCUGUAGUACUGAUCGUUUAAUCCAUACAGGUGGACAAAUAGAUUUUUAUCAGCGCUUUUAUAGGAUGAGGAACAUUUCAGGGGACGAGGUGAAAGAUUGACCCAGAGUCUCUAGUUAAGUGUGUUACCAUGGACACGGGCUACGUUUUUUUUUUUUCUUCAAAACACAAAAUUUCCAAGUCUAAUUUACGUCAUUUAUCUCAUGAUGUUUCCAUUGUAAUACGAUCAAUCAAAUUUGUUGCUCAGAAACGGAUCGUCUGUUUCUCGGUGCUUAGCAGUGAGAAGCGCAACUACUAGAAAAAUAAAUGGAAAUUUGUUUCA